AUGGUCGAUUGGAUGUGGCUGAGCGACACUGGUAGUGUCGACACUUACAUCAACCAGCGCGGUUGGGGCGCUGGCAUCGUACCUGACUGGGCUUCUGCAGGCAUCACCCAUCCCGGCCUGGGUAUAGCAGGUUCACGGGACAACAUCAAGUUCGGCCGUGUCUACGGAUCCGGAAGGCUCGAUUACGUGUACUUCAAAAAUGUGACCGAUGGUUACGAGAUGCACGUGUACAGAAACGACGGUACCGGCGGUACAAAGAGAAAAGGUAUGUUGCAAUCGGUCCUUGAACAAGCUUGA